AUGCAUGGCAUCGAACACAUCGCAACACCACGCCCUAACUCGAACGAAGUUCUUCAGCAAAUUGCAAGGUCACGAGAGUCAGGUGCAACCCCAACGCCGCCGAACGGCUUCUCAAAGAUCGGAGUCGGGGAAUCUAGACCCAGGAAGGUGGCAUUUGGCUCCGAUGCCUCGAUGGUAUUGAUCGGCAUUCGAGGCACAGGGAAAAGCUCUCUCGGCUUUCUUGCAGCAAGUGCAUACAGUCGACGAAUGAUUGAGUCCGAUCGAGCAUUUACAGAAGCAACUGGCUCAACGAGGACCGCCUACCGAAAGCUCCAAGGCACAGCAGAGUAUCAUCAAAAGCAGACCGAAGUGCUUCACAAACUACUGGAGUCGAACAGUACAGGAUGUGUGAUUGUGUGCAGCUUUGCGGACCUGGAGAGUGAUGGUGCCAGAAUCAUCGCGGAGUACGCGCAAACACAUCCUGUCAUCUAUGUGACUCGCGAUGUCCCUGGCAUUCAGCACUAUAUUAAAGUCUGGGCCGAGGACCGAAUACAAGAUCUCAUUCGAGCUUCUGAACCACUUCUACGAGAUUGUUCCAACUACGAAUUCUUUAAUGUCUCGGAAAGCAUCGACAAGGCACCGUCAGCAGACGAUGCCUCGAGGUUGGUAUCUGCGAGGACUGCGAACGGCCCUUUUUUGACCCUGAAGCGUACCGAGCACGACUUUCUGAAGUUGCUUCGCAAUAUCAUCGGGGAUCAUGACCGUGGAAGGUCUCAUCAGUCGGCGUAUCCGCUCUCAAAAAUGAGUGUUGACAAGCUGGAAUUCACUUCAGCUGUGAGGCUUGCAGCAGACGACGUUGUGUCUCAUUCAGUCGAUCUCGACGAGGCGCAAAUCGGCGUUGACGGUAUCCAGCUGGAUGUCAGUACUAGCCCGAGACAAGGUGGCAUGUGGAAGCUGGGAAAGCAUAGCUGCUUCAACCUGGUGAACGAAGCAUUUGCAAUCCUACGGCGAUCUACCAUUUUACCCAUCAUCAUUACUGUCGGGAAGGACGGGCGAGAAGACCGCCAGAAGCAAUUCAGUCGCGAAGAGCUAUUAGAAUACUGCCUAAGACUUGGUCCAGAAUACUGCACAGUCGAUUUGACUCUGACCGACGCACAGCUUCAGUCCCUCUUGACAAGUCGAGGACGAACCAAGAUAAUCGGCGAGUACGCAGCGACUGAGCGUAUUCCAGAUGGCUGGUCCGGACAGCAAUGUCUCGAUAUAUACCAUCGAGCACAUGAGCUCGGCUGCGAGCUCGUUAAGAUCACAAUGCCCAAUGGCACACUCGCAGACAGCUUCGCCAUACAGGCAUUUCAGCAACGUGUGCAGACUCUUCAUAAUGGAUCAGGACCACGACUCAUAGCUUAUUGCACCGGUCGGCAUGGAAGGACAUCAAUGUGCUUCAAUAACAUUCUGACGCCAGUCGCUCCCGCAAGCUCACCAACUGCAUCUCACACGGCCGCAAACACGAACGCGGCUGAUGAAUGCCGACUUGUGACGGCGAGAGAGCGCAAUCAGGCCCUCUUCUCAUGCUUCAUCCACGAACCCAUGCAAUUCUUCAUCUACGGCGCGAACGUCAGCUUCUCACUUUCUCCCGCAAUGCACAACGCCGCCUAUGAAGCCUGCGGAAUGCUGCAUUCAUACCGCACGCAUUCUGCUUCCACUCUCGACAACUUCGUCACCCUCGUGCAAGACCACGACUUCGGAGGCGCCGCAGUCGUCCAACCCUUCAAAACCCGCACCAUCCCCAUGAUGGACAUCCUCAGUCCCCACGCCAAAGCCAUCGGAGCCCUCAACACCGUCAUCCCCCUCCGCGACGACUCCGUAAUCCACGCCCUCCACACCGGCGCCAGCGAAACCGGAAUCUUCCACUCCAGAAACCUCACCGGUCCCGUAAAAGCCCUGUACGGCGACAACACCGACUGGAUCGGCAUCCGCGCCUGCAUCCGCCGCGGCCUCUCCCCCGCCAACACCGUCCGCCCGCACACCACAGGCCUCGUCUGCGGCGCCGGAGGCAUGGCGCGCGCCGCCAUCUACGCCAUGAUUUCCCUCGGCGUGCAAACCGUCUUCGUCGUCAACCGCACGCGCACCCACGCCGAAACCCUCGCGUCGCACUACAACUCCAUGAUCCAAAACGGGAACAUCCCGGAACUGGACCCGCCCGCGACGGCGACGACGAGUGUGGAAGCUUUGGAAUCUUUCCACGCCGAAUGGCCGAAAGGUUCUCGUCUUCCGACGAUGAUUGUCAGUUGUGUACCGACGCAGACGAUCGAGGGGACUCCGACGAAUUUCGUUUUGCCCAAGGAUUGGUUGGGGAGUCGGACGGGGGGAGUGGUGGUGGAGUUGGCGUAUAUGCCGAUUUUGACGCCGUUGGUGAGGCAGAUGUUGGGGUAUGCUUCCAAGGGGUGGAUUUCUAUGGAUGGUUUGGAUAUGUUGCCUGAACAGGCGUUUGCGCAAUUCGAACUUUUUACGGGGAGGAGGGCGCCGAGGAGUUUGAUGAGGCGUGAGGUAAGUUAA